AUGAUCAGCAUGGAAGACGGACACGUCGCCAGCACCAUAGCCGGCCUGGCCUCGCUGCUACCGGGAUCGUUCAAAGAUUGGGCUAUUUUCCUAACAUUAUUGGGCAUUGCCCUCCCCUGUCUUUGGGCUGUGUAUUCUCUCACGUUGCACCCAUUGGCAAAGUUUCCCGGACCAAAAUGGGCGGCAAUAAGCCAGGUAUUCUACUGUCGCAUGUCCAUGAGUGGGAAAAUACAUCUCCAAUUAGAGGAACUGCAUCGUCAGUAUGGGGACGUAGUCCGGAUCGCUCCUAACGAACUGUCUUUCGCCACGGCAUCAGCCUGGAAAGAUAUCUAUAACACUACUGGCAGCGGCACAUUCAUCAAAUCUACUUUCUACAAAGUGGCCAAUUUCGAAGCCUCCGAUAUCAUUGGCGAAUCGGACAUCAACGAACACGCGCGGAUGCGCAGACUCUGGGCGUUCGGGUUCUCAGCUAAGGCCUUGAUCGCGCACGAGGAGCUUGAGCAGCGAUAUGUGGAUCUGCUGAUCAACCAGAUUCAAAAGUUCGGAAGCAGUCCGCAGGGCAUGAACGUCGUGGAUUGGUUCAAUUACCUCACUUUUGAUAUCAUCGGGGAGCUGGUCUUUGGUGAGUCAUUUGGGGCUACAGAGAAGGGGACGUCGGCGUUCUGGAUCAGUGUUAUACUAGGGAAUAUGCAGGCGGGGGCGAUCAUUGAUGUCUUGAGACGGUUUGGCAUGGCAUUGGGGUUUAAGAAGGUGUUCGAACUUUUGCCUUUUGAGAAGAUCAAGGACAUGAAUCGGCAUACGCAGGUUACAAGAGAAAUGGCUGCAAGACGUCUAGCGCGUCCCAAGGAUGAUUCGCGAACUGACUUUCUUUCUGCUAUGCUGGAGAAUGCUGGGCAGGGAGUAAUCUCGACUGAAGAGGUCGCAGCACAAGGGCAGAAUCUGGUUAUCGCAGGAAGUGAAACCACCGCGACAACGUUAUCGGCAGCUACGUAUUUCAUCCUUAAGCAUCCAGAGGUCUACGCCAAAAUGCGGGACGAGAUUCGCUCGCGGUUCAAAGACUAUAGUGAGAUCACAUCCAGUUCUGUAGGCCAGCUGCCCUACUUUCACGCCGUCCUCAACGAAACAAUGAGACUCUACCCCCCGGUGCCUUUUGGGCCACCAAGGAUUUCACCCGGGGCCUAUGUAGAUGGCCACUAUGUCCCUAAGAAGACAGAGGUUUCAGUUCAUGCAUGGACUACGAACCGCGACGCGCGUUAUUUCAGCGACCCUACGAAAUUCGAUCCCGAAAGAUGGCUAGACCCUAACAUGGACGAUAAGUCGGCCUUCUUCCCAUUCCUGUUGGGCCCGCGGGUGUGCUUGGGACGAAACCUGGCGUUCAUUGAACUGCGGCUGGUACUGGCCAAAGUCCACUUCAUGUUCGACUGCGAGCUGAUCAAUAAAGAUGUGGACCUCGAACGGGAGUCGUUGAACUAUAUUCUCUGGCAGAAGCCGGACAUUAAUGUCCGAUUCGUGCCGAGACAAACUUGA